AUGUCCCUCGACGACCACAUCGCCAAACUGGUCGAGGAGGAGGAAGCCAACGACACCUACGACGAUGAUGACUACGGCGACUACAUGGAUGAAGACCACAUCCGCGGUCGUGCCAAGCGCGGCAACAACAAGGCCGCCCUGAAGACAGCCAAAGGCCUCGCCGCCGCCGCCACUCCUGCAGCCAACCGCAAGUCCCCCAGCAAGUCGCCCAGCAAGUCUCCCACCAAGUCUCCCACCAAAGACACGCAGAAGGCAGCCACGCCCCGCUCGGUCAACAAGAUGGGCACGGACAAGUCAGACUGGAAGAUGAAGCUCCAGCUCUCAACCAACCAGCAGAACAUCACCGACAGCUACACCCUCGAGCCCACCAAAUUCGACCCCUACAAGACCUCGAAGUCGGCCUCCCCAAAGACUUCCAAGAUUACGGCAGGCGCUGGCAAGGAGGGUGGAGGACAAGGCAUCGGCACUCGCAUGCCAGCUCAACAAAAGGCCGAGGACAUUCCACCCAAGAAGGAGAACGCGAAGGUGUUGAGCGUGUGGGACGACAAUGAUCCAUGGGCUUGA